CCAUGGAUGUCCGAGCGCGUCGCUGGGAAAAAGUCGCCGCGGCGGUCCCACCUAGGCUGGGAGCAGCGUCCAAGCCAUCUGCACCCUCGCCCAGCACCGUUAUGGAGUCAAUUCGCCCAGCCCUCGCCAGCAUACGGCUGUCGGCGCCCAAGAGAGCCUACAGACCCCUCUACCAAUGUUUGCACACAUCAGCCGCGCGGGGGGCCACGCCGCUGCCUCAUCCAUCGGUACCCGGACCACCGCCUGCAACGCCCGAGCCACAGCCAUCAGAUGCAUCUGAACGGGUUGCAAGAAAGAGGCGGCAGGCCGACAUGAUGAAGCAGGCGCGCGAGAUGCGCGAUGUCUACGCCCCCACCAACAAGCCCAAGAACAUGCUGGCCAAGCGCUUCUGGAAAGACGUCUCGAUCAAGGAGGACGAGGGCGGCCUUCAGGUCUUUCUCGACCACCGACCUGUGCGAAUGCCCAACAAGCAGAUCCUCACCGUGCCCGCAUCGAAGCCGCAGCUGGCGACCGCCAUUGCCCUCGAGUGGGAUCUCCUCAUGAGCGCGCAGCAGGCCCUCAAGAACGACUACAUCCCCAUGACCUCACUCGCCGCGCGUGCAAUCGAUAUCGAGGCGGCGGACAGAGAGGGGAGGGAAAACAUCAGGAAUGACAUCCUCAGCUAUUUCAUGCGCGUGCUGGACACAGAUACACUGCUCUGCUGGGCGCCCGCAAAGGUUAUGAACGAGACGCUCCAGAACGGAAAGACACUGCGCGAGCUUCAGGAAGAAGUGGCCACAGGCAUCAUCGCCUACCUCCAGACACACGUGUGGCCUGGUGUAGAGAUCAAGCCCACGCUCGACCCCGAGACCAUCAUCCCAACUGAGCAGCCAGAGAUGACAAAGCAAGUGAUCCGGGGUUGGUGUGCAGGUCUUCCAGCCUACGAACUGGCGGGACUCGAGCGCGCAGUGCUGGCGUCCAAGAGUCUGCUAGUCAGCGUGCGAUUGAUCCACGAAUGGGGCGAAGCAUUUGCGCAAUCGCGAAAGGUGACGGACGCGCCACGCUUCGGCAUCAAGGAAGCCACCGAGGCGUCGAGUCUGGAGGUUACGUGGCAGACGAAGCAGUGGGGGGAGGUGGAGGAUACGCACGAUGUGCAGAAGGAAGAUCUACGGAGGCAGCUUGGUAGUGCCAUCAUCCUUGUGGGCGGCGACUCAGCUUAAGCAUGUGACGAUGCUAUGUAGACAAUGUACAUUAUAAACAUUUGUCAAUGCACGUGUCAGUCAGGAUGUAGUGUUGUACCUAGGCAGAGUCAAAGCUUAGCUCUACAAAGAUGGAGUUCGCCCAAUGCAUGCAUUCACUAGUCGAACCCGCCAUGACAUAUGCCCGAGCAGGAUGUUGGGAUAAGUCGCUCGGUAGCCCAGCCUAGCGGAGCAAUAGUC